CUGAAAGCUGUAAAUAAAAGUUGUAAUCCUUCUAUAAAAUUAAAUUAAAUACAUUAAUGUAAUUGAUAAUUUGUAGUAAUGUAGUAUAGCAUCUUUAAAAAUGUUGCUAUAAAAGUGUAGUGUUAUGAAUAUACAAAAUUUCUCCUAUAUGUCGUAAUAUCAACUAUGUCGACAAAACAUUUCACCUUAGUAUGUUUACUAUGUAUCUCGUCAACUCUGGGUUCAGACGAGCCGAAAGAGUUCGUGGUAGACUGUAGUACGUUAAGGUUAGGGCAGUACAUAUGUCCGGACCCGAGCAUAGACCAAAUAGACCCGGAUACACAGCAGUUUAGAGGAUGUUCUCCAGGGAAAGAUGUUCCUUCAGAAGGAGAGGCAGAUGUGUUAUGCAGAGCUGCUGAUGGAAUAAAAUGCGAAGGAACCUCAAACUCCACUUUCAAAAGAAAAAUGCCAUGCAAAUGGACCAACGGAUACUCGUUAGAGAUAGCACUGUUACUGUCCGUGUUCCUGGGAAUGUUCGGAUUGGACCGGUUCUAUCUUGGUUAUCCAGGCAUUGGACUGGCUAAGUUGUGUACGCUGGGAUUCAUGUUCUUGGGCCAGCUUCUGGAUAUUAUCCUUAUUGCUGCACAGGUUGUAGGCCCAUCAGACGGCUCAGCCUAUGUCAUCCCAUACUACGGAGCCGGUGUGACAGUAAUCCGGAGUGACAAUGAGACAUACCUCCUCCCGCAGACCGACUGGCACAACAUCACUUGACAGUGGGGCACCAUCUCUUUUGUCGAAGACGAGGACUAUGAGUGGACAUGAUUGUGGGAGUUCUAUUAUGUUGGUUAAAUUUAUUUGUGCCAAUUUCCACCAAAAGGGUACUUAAUUGUCAGUAGCCGGGUCCACACAGAGUGAGCGCCGCGAGGCAAUGUACUGAUGCGGCAAGCGUGCUUUGUAGACGUGCCUCGGCCGAGGCACUGUGCGCUAGUCGCCGACAAUCUGGUACCUUUUUGUUGGAAACUCAUUUCGUUUGUUCAAGUACCUUGGUGUGUUCUCAUUUGUCCUUACCAGGCAAACAUAGGAAUAAGUGUAAAUCACUCGGGGACACCUCAUGUACCAAUAAUAGCGGUGGUAACUUAGACAAAAGGGAAUAUACCAAAGCCAUGGUUAUAGUCUGGCACGGUCUUUCUCAAGACGUGAGGGCGAAAUCUAAUUACUGCUCAUUUGUUUUCAGUGAAAUUUCAGUUCUAAUUCUAAUUUAUCAGAAUUCAAAUUCGACUGAAAAUAGAAGCGUCGCGGCAAUUAGAAUAUGGACUAGACGAUUGAGAAUUACCGGGCAAAGCAAUUUAAAGCACAACUGACGCGUUUUUGAUCUCUUUUAUGAUUGGUAUAUUGUGAACUAAUUCCCACUUGUGCUAGCCCCAUAGUUCAGAGAUUAUUUAUGUAGGUAGCUUUUCAUCUCAAAAAAGAUACCUAAGAUCUAAUGUUACUUGCUGUGGUAUAUUUUUUGAGAUAAAGAUUUAUCAUUGGUGGCGGUUUUUGUAAGUCAUUAAUGUCAUGAUACCUACCUGGCGCAAAAGAAACUGCAAGUACUUUCUUAAAGCACAAUAGUACUUUAUUUUGCGCCAGAGGCCCAUUUCUCAAAGCAACAAGUUACAAUUUACAAGUGGUUGUCAAUGUCUAAAAUGACAAGUUGGAAAGAGACUUCCGCUUGUAACUUUUAGUUUUGAGAAAUGGGCUCCAGGACAUGACAAGUAAUUGCUGCAUGUCAAGAAGCCCUUAAAUUUUGUGAUAUGAACAGUUAGUUGGGUCCACACAGGGCGAGGCACGAGGCACGUCGCGAGGCAACGUGCAACGUGCUCGCGCGGCAAUGUUCAAUCUGAAAGUCUACAUCGCUUGUUUGCCGCGCCAGCUUGUUCUGUGUGGACUGGGCCAGUGGGUCAUAGGCAUGUACAUAAUUUAUAUGUAAGUAUCAGCCUUACAUGGCUUAAAUCCUAGUCCGUUUGUAUUAAAAAUUAUCAUUGUAAUAGGCAUAAAAUCUUUACUGGUAAUGUUCAUAACAUUGUUGCAUAUAGUGCAAUUUCAUUGUCAGCAUUCAUAAAUAUUU